CAAAUGUGACAGGUUGUUAUGGUGAUCCAGCUUGCGAUAGGUUUACCAGACUGAUCGAUGGUAUAAAACAGACAAAUGAGUGAGGAGCGGCUCAAAGUCUCCAUCGUUCCGAACAGCUUUCUCUCAGUGUUGAUGUGAUUUUUGAGCCAUGCUUGGAUACAUCCUUACCUUCUUCAUCCUGCUGUGUUCAGUGGUUCCCUAUGGAAAAGUCAUUGGUACAGAGAGCGCCACUAAAAUGACGUCUGUGAGCUCUGUCACAACCGGACUUCCAACGUCUACAGACACAUCUACAGCACAGGACCAGCUCAGCACGUCUACAGACACAUCUACACAGGUUCAGCUCAGCACGUCUACAGACACAUCUACAGCACAGGACCAGCUCAGCACGUCUACAGACACAUCUACAGCACAGGACCAGCUCAGCACGUCUACAGACACAUCUACAGCACAGGACCAGCUCAGCACAUCUAUAGACACAUCUGCUACACAGUCCAGCAAUUCCACUGAUGAACCCAUUGAAGAACAACAGGGACUAACAUCAGGCCAGAUUGCUGGUGUAGCUGUGGGAUCCAUCACAGGGGCAGCGGUUUUGGGUGGAGGUAUAUACGCUGGACUGAGGUACAGUGGCAAACUUGGUGGCUAACUUCACCGUUUUCUUCAUAGCCUUAUCUGGAGAUUGUUUUAAACACAGUUUGCACAUUUCGCUUGGUUGUGAUCAUAUUUUGUUUGUUGGUAUUGGGUGUACUGUAUACUGUGAAAUUACUGGUAACACUUUACAGUAUUGUAUUUGUUAACAUGAUUAAAUGCAUUAGCUAACUAUGAUAAAUAUCGCUAUAGCAUGUUAAUUUCAGCAUUUACUAACACAUUUUUAAAAUCAAAAGUUGCAUUACAUUAGUUAAAGGGCACAUAUAUGCCCAUUUUUACAAGAUGUUAUAUAAGUCUCAGGUGUGCCCAGAAUGUGUCUGUAAAGUUUCAGGACAAAAUACCCCACAGAUAAUUUAUUAUAGCAUAUCCAAAAUGCCCCUAUUUGGUUGAGGGCAAUGCACUGGUUCCUGGUCUGUACCUUUAAAUGCAAAUAAGCUAAAGCUCUCACUUACCAACAGACAGUGAGCGCUUUCAGUAUAAAUAGAUCUGAUACCUGUGAAUACAGUCUAGGACAAUAAUAUCUCACUAUUGAUGGCGGACAGCAUACAACUCACUGCACUGCAAAAAAUGACUUUCUUACCUACACUGCAAAAAAAAAAAAAAACGAUUUUCAAGAAAACAUUUUCUUAGUUUUUUUCUCUUGUUUUCAGAAAAAAUAUCGAAAAAUUCUUAAAUUAAGAUGUUUUUUUUAUGAGCAAAACGACGCAAGAAAAUAAGUUUUAGACCAAAAAUAUCCAAUUUAAGUGAUUUUGUGCAUAAAACAAGCAAAAAAUCUGUUAAAGGUGCAGUGUGUAAAUUGUAGCGGCAUCUAGUGGUGAGGUUGUGAAUUGCAACCGACGGCUCAGUCCACUGCUCACCUCUUGCUUUUGAAACACAUAGAGAAGCUACGGUAACCGCUACCAGACAAACAUGUCAUUGUUGGAGACAACUUAGUAAAAACGUUUGUCUGUUAAGGGCUUCUGUAGAAACAUGGCUGCACAAAAUGGCGGCUUCCAUGUAAGGGGACCCACGUUGUAUGUAGACAAAAACGUCUCAUUCUAAGGCAAUAAACACAUAACGGUUCAUUAUAAAAAGGUCUUUACCCCUGAUAAUAUAGUUUUGUAUAUUAUUUUGCAUUUAUGUCAAGAGAUACUUCUAAAAAUUACACACUGCACCUUUAAUGGGGUAAGCAAAUUUCUCUAGAAUUUUUCUUGAAUUUAGUGUUUAAGAAAAAUGUUCAAGAUUUUUUGCUUACCCCAUUGGCAGAUUUUUUUUGCUUGUUUUAUGCACAAAAUCACUUAAAUUGGAUAUUUUC